AUGGAAGACACAAUUGUUCCAUUGUUCUUCAAUUCUUACUUGUACCUACCAAAAGACCCUCACAUUCGCAACGGGUUCAUGGAGAUUCUACCCAGCAUGUUUUCAAAUACACAGCCUGGGUCAUAUCUUCAUACGAGCACUUUGGCCGUUGCAUUCUUUACUGUGGCAGCUUGGACCGGGCAAGCUCCAUUACUGCGUGCAUCGGAGCGGUACUUUACAAAGGCCUUGCCCAAAAUUCGAGAUGCCUUGCGCACAAACGAGGACUCAGAAUUUGACGAUAUUCUUGUCUCUAUUUUAUUACUGUCUACUUACGAAGAAUUUGUGGCUAUCAAAGACUGGGAAAUGCCACUGAAAGCUCAUUUGAGAGGAGCCAUAGCCCUGAUAAACGAGAAGAGAGCUAAACAAAUACCAGAGGCUCAAUCUUCAACAAUAUACAAUGCGGUUGAAUCACAAAUUAUCAAGACUACUCGAGGCCUGGAUAGUCCAAUGGUUCCAACACCACAAAUCUGGCCUUUGUCCCAGACUGCUAGCGUUCCUCCCUCACCCCGUAUUCUCCUUUCUUCUGCCGCCUCUGAGCUUGUCAACCUACGACACGCAUGGGAACAGAUGAUGACCUUGCCAUCCAAGGAAGCAGAAGCUAUGGCAAUUCUCGCCAAAGCCAACGAAAUCGACAUCAAGCUCGUUUCAUGGUCCUACUGGGUCCCACAACAUUGGAUGCCAGUUGCCGCAACGAUAAUCCCCCAGUCUGUCCGAAACGCCGGGCUCUGGCGCAAUCGAUGCGACUGCUACGCCGACAUGUGGGUCGCCGCCACCUGGAAUACGUUCCGUGACUGCCGCAUUCUACUACAAAGCAUCAUGCUCAGUUGCCUGCGUAUACUUUCCUCUCAAGACCCCGACGGUCGAAGGGCAACUGCGGUUCAACAUACUAUUCGCAAAGUCGCAGAUGAUAUAUGUGCAACUGUUCCGUUCUUUCUUGGUAGUCAGGUCGAGUCAAUUCGCAUGAAGUCGGGUCUUGUCGAGUACCCCUAUGCUGAAACAAGACCGGUCACUUCCACCCAUAAGCAGUCGGCUCCUCUGAUGGGCGCUUGGCAUAUGUACGCGUAUUUGAGAAAUCUUCAAAACGCGGAUCUCGGUCUGCCUCUGGACCAGCAGGUCUGGCUCAAAGAGCAGAUGGAGAGGAUAUUGGUUAUAUACUUUCAAAGAUGA